CUUUCCGUUUUUCUUUCUUUUUAUCUCUCAAAUAUACAUCCGCCAUGUCGGUGGCAGCACCAAGAGCAAUUGCGGAUAUACCUGGCCAUGACGUCAGUGUCCGACCUGAGGAUCGUGAGCGUGGAUUUGAAGAGAACGGAGACUCCCCAGAUCUACAGCUGAAAAAGGUGUUUUCCGAUUUAUGUAUGGCAUGUCGAAGGGGCGAUUUAGAGGCUGUAGAUGCGUUGCUUUCCACGCCGAAUUUGGAUAUCAACCAGGUAGACGAGUUUGACUACUCUCCAUUGAUAUUGCUGUCCUUGUGUGGCCACUUGCCAGUUGUAGAGUUGCUUCUUUCUAGAGGUGCUAUUUGCGACAGAGACACUUUUGAGGGAGCCCGUUGUAUUUAUGGGGCUUUGACUGAUGAAAUUAGAGACUUGCUUAUUAGUUUCGACAUCUCGAAGGCUGUGGAUACUAAACAGUCGUUUGCCACAGAUAUUUCUAAUUUGAUCAGUGCGAGAACUGGGGCUCCUACGAGAGAUAUAGUAUUCUAUUUUCCUCAUGUUCAUGGUGUCUUGUCACGGGGAUACCAGUCUUUCAGGUUGCAUCGUUUUCUUUUAGCUGCUAGGAGUAUCUAUUUCCAAGAAAAACUUGCCGGUGAAUGGGCCAGUAGCGUGGCUGUAGAAUUGCCCUCCAGCAUCGAUCCUAUUGCUUUCAGAAUUGUUGUAGAUUUCAUCUACUUCAAAGCCAAUUCUCUACCCACUGAAGAUAUCGAUCUUCAGGACAAGUUAAUUGACUUGGCCGAACAAUUUGCAUUGUACGACUUGGCCGAAGGUGUUAAGCGGAUUCAGGAUUCUACCAAGGAGAGGGAACGGUCUAAAAUCAAGUACGAUUUGGCAUUUAAGUUUUCCGAGGAAGGUAGACGUGAUUUGGACAGAUUCUUAAACAGACACAUAAUUUCAGACAAGAUAGUAACUCGGCUCACUCUUGAGGACGAUAUCGACUUUGAAGAUAUACAGGUUGCUGAGAUCAUUACUCGCGAUCAAAAGAAGAAGUUGAUGGGCUCUGCAUCUUUCCCAGAUAUCAUUUUGUCUGCCAUAGAUGCAGAUACUGAGUCUGUGGUCUUCUAUCCAGUGCAUAAGUCUAUCAUCUCACGGUCGGAAUACUUUGAUACGAUGUUGAAGUCGGAAAUUUUUAUCAAUGAACACAAGGAGUUGCCCUACUUUAAGUCGUAUGAAAAGUCCUCGAACCUUGAAGUCAUUAAUAGGCCGCAGUUCCAACCAGACCAUCUUCCAGUAAUCCAGAUUUCUAACAGUAGUGCCAGCCAAGAUGUAGCAGAGAUGGUGUUGUGCUAUCUAUAUCACGAUGAUAUCCCCAAUAUUCCUUUACUUUUGGCAGUGGAUUUGUUGUUUGCAUCAGAUGAGUUGUUUUUAGAUAGACUCAAGACUAUCUGCUCUGUAAGAAUAGCAUCUUCCUUCGACAAGUUCACUCCUGGUGACUUCGACUCAUUGAAACCCUUAGUUGGCUAUGAUGCCUACGAUCUUGUCAGGGUGUCAUGGGAAGCAAGAAGCGAUAAACUUGAACAGCAUGUCACCAAAAUGAUUGCCUAUAACUUGGAGAACAUUUUCAAGAACGAUGUACAGAAGGAGUUGCUUGCUACCUUAGUCAAUGAGAGUGCGCUGCGAAUCCAGGAAAGACAGGAUACCGACACAAUUGAAUUGAUUGAUGACAUAAGAUACUACUUGCAGAAGAAGUAUGCUGUCAGCGAUGAAUACGAUGACCUUGAUCCAGGGCUACAAUUCCGUGACCAGGACGAGAGAGACGAUAUUAGAAUCUAUAAGAAUGCUGUAGCCAACUUCAAUCGCGACAUAGAGAUGAUAGACCAUAUACUUGACGGAUUGCAGUUGGAUGCUUAAGUAGAAAUGAAUUUACAUAUUCAUGCU